GCGGGCUCGAAGGUGCACAUCUUCCGCCGAUGGUGGCUCCACCCAAGCACCGAACAGCCGAGAACCUCACCGACCUGCCGUCAGACCUGCUCUGCAACAUCUACUGCGCGCUGGCCAACCCUCUCGCGCCAGCCGCAGCCUGCUACUUUGCCAGCACGUGCCAUGAUGUGAGAAGCGCUGCCCUCGCCCGUGCCGCCAGCGCAACUUUCUCCGAGGCGCAACAUCUGCAGUGCUUCUGGGCGAGGGCGACAGCGUUGUGCAAGUCGAAACGGAUGACGCGCAGCCUGCUGAGCCGCGCAACGCAGUUCACAGCAGGGCCGGUCAUCUCUGGCGAGUGCUUCAGCGCCGCCGACGCUGAGAUCUUUGGUCAAUUGCUCGGCGCUCGUUCCAUCACACGGCUGCACAUGCUCGUCCUCGAGCAAAACCAGCUCGGGGAGGAGGGGAUGCGGCCGAUCGUGCAAGCCGCUGUCUCUAAAAAAAGACGACGCGCUGCCCGUGCUGAGAGACCUCGAGCUCUACGAAAAUGGGCUCGGCGAUGGCUUCUGCGCGGCGCUUGCAGCGGCGCUCGCGUGCCCGGCGCGCGUGCUCCCGGCGCUGGCCAUCCUCAACCUCAGUCGCAACCGCGUCACCAGUCAAGGCGUGGCUGCUUUGGCGGCUGCGCUGUCUCGAGGCGCGCUUCCACACCUCACGACUCUUGACCUCAGUGACAACGACAUCGACAGCGCUGGCAUUGAGGCGCUGGCCGAGACAGGCAGGCAGGGCCUCCGAGCCCUGGAGACGCUAUACAUCCAAGGUCAGAGCGGCGGGUCCGCAGCCAGCCUCGAGGCGCUGGCUGGAGCUCUGGAGAACGGCGCCUUCCCAGCACUGCGGGAGCUCUGGCCGCCCGGACACUGGCAGCACCCUAGUGCAGCUCGCCUGGCCACCGCGUGUGCGGCGCGGGGCAUCACACGGGGUGUCGGGUGUGUGUGAAGCGCAGACUGUCGUGGCACUGGCGAGGUCGAGCAGGUUGAGCACGUAGACGGGUCGAUUCCUUCUAGUCAGGGACCCCACGAUCGUCUGGCGAGAAGGUGUACAUGGCCUCUCGCUUGUACAUCUCUAAUAAACUGUCUCAAAGGC